AUGAACGGAAUCACAGUGUCAGGCAUUGGAGGAAGUAUUGAUAUCACGAACGUCAAUGUAUUGUCAAACUAUGGUUAUGGCAUGGAAAUAAAUCCACAAACUGUAGUGACAAGUGACCUGCGCGUGAGUAUCAGUGAAUGUGAUAUAGAUGACAAUGGAAGGUCAGCUAUUGCCUAUUACGGUAACAGUAAAAACCCCGCUGACAUUGAAAUAAUUGUGCAUCACGUAUCAUUACAUCACAAUGGCAUGUUACUCUCAUCAUACACAUAUGAUGGAGAUGCAGCAGUAUCACUAGAUGCAGGUGUGACAACAUUUCAUAUAUCAACUAAUGACUUCACUGCAAAUAGCUUUGGUGCCAUUAGAAUUAACACUCAAGAAGUAAAUAGUCCAUAUAUUUUACCAACUACGUGCAUCAGUAACAAUCAUUUUGAAGGCAAUGCUGGAUGUGAAGUGAUGCUACUUGAAUCUGAACAGGAGACAGGUGUUGUAUUUAUUGAUGGAAACACGGUUAUACACAACGUCCUUGGAGAUAAUAAGAGUAUUGUUAGGCUGCACAAUGUAGUUGCUUACGUUAACAGGAAUCAAUUUAUUUUUAAUGUUGGACUGUAUCUACUUCAUUGGUCACAUGAUUCCACGCCAAAUGGUUUACAGGAAUGUAACGCCAAUCUUAUGCUCUACAACAAAGGCAUCAAGCCUGGGCGAAAAUUCACCUUGGUAACGACCGGCAGUGGAAUUACUUUCAAAGAUAACCACUUUGAAAAUCCAGCAAAUGAUUUUGAGUUUAGUGGGGAGAGUGGUAGCGAUGUCACAUCAAUUGACGUUAUUGAUAAUUGGUGGUCUAUAGACUCUGCAGCAGAUAUCAAAGCGAAAAUACGCGAUAGCAGUUUCGUCAAUGGGUUUCCCCAUGCAGAGUUUCUUCCAUUUAAAACGACAUCAUCUGUCAAAAGCAAUCAAUGUCCAAAUGGCUAUGUUCUACUUGAGAAUAAUUGCUACAGUUUACCUGAAGGGUCAGUGUCCAUUAAUGAUGCGCGACUAAAGUGUACAGAUAUAGGUGGGUCCAUACCGACUUCCUCAGAUGAGCUUGCUGUUGUGUCUGUCAUAACCAUGCAAGGGUCGUUAUGUAUUGAACAGUUUCAAGUAUGGAUCGAAGAUCAACCUGAUUGCAAGUUGUUAACAGUUACUCUAAGCACUGGUAAUCAUGUUCUUGGUAUCAUUGAUUGCUCCGAGAAAAUUCCAGCUAUGACUGUAUGUAAGAUUCCAGCAACUAACAACUGUCCUGGUCAAUGUUCGUCUAAUGGCGUGUGUGUUAUUUACACAUGUAACUGUCAUAGUGGAUGGGAAGGAACCGAUUGCUCAUUAUUCCAUUGCCAUGACGUUAAUGAUUGUUCAGAUGCGGGGAUGUGCGUGGGUCCAAAUAAUUGUGCCUGUAUUAAUGGAUGGGAAGGAGAAGAUUGUUCAGAAAACUCAUGUGACGGACUUAGCAGCUGUGAUGAGUGUUCCUUUUCUACUGGAUGUGGUUGGUGCGAUACAACACCGACAUGUAUGUCAGGAGAUGGCAGUGGUCCCGACCAAGGAAGUUGCUUAUCUUGGUUUUACUAUUCGUGUAUCACACUUGGCAAUGGUCCAGAUUGUAGUGCGCAUAUAAUGAGUAUUGAUUGCGAAGACAACCAAUGUGACUCUACAACUGGGAAUUUUUUCCCUGGCAGUUGUCCGACUUGUCAUGAUGUCGAACAUUGUUACAAAGAUGAACCAAGUGGUUGCCGGAGCUGGGACGAAUCUACAUGUCCUGAUGGUGUAAUUCAUCCGGAUUAUUCAGAUCCAACUCGAAUCCUGAAUUCUGCAUUAAAAGACAACGUUAAACAAAUCGAUGUGAAUGAUGCUGUACUGUACUCGUGCCCUGCUUUAAAUGUCAAUGAUGAAGUCGACGAUUCUCUGUUGAUUGUGACUCGGGACAUAAUUAAUGUUCAAGAAGGAGAUAUCAUAUCAAGUGCCCAAUCUGAAGGAAUCCUUCACGAAAUAUUGACCCUGGUUGAACUGAACCAAUAUGAAAUCAUCCUUGGUUAUCCUGCGGACUUUGAAGAUGUCAUUGCAUAUGCUGACUUCAGGCAAGAACUAGAACCUGCUCCAAUAGACGACAGUCUUGUACAUGAGAAUGGGAUCAGUGAUAUUAUUGCCUCUGAGCUGAGAACAGGAGGUAUCACGGUUGAUGGUGCGACUGUUCAUGUUAUAGAUGACACAACUAACGUUUAUAAAUGUAUGGGAAAUUUCUAUGAAGCUAUUGGAAAUUCUACACAACCUGUCAAAUCGUAUUUCAUUGCUCACCCGGUCGGUUUAGUCUUUGAUGAAGGAGACAUCAUUAUUUCAAAUCACAGCAAUGGUUUCUUAGCAGAUGUCGUAGGUAUUGAUGAUGAUGAAGUUAAUGCAACUUUUGUGCGAACACAGGUUACAUAUUGCAGUACUGCUGCAACUUUCCAACCAAGUAUUAAGACUGGAAUACACCGCGUAUCUGAUGGCGCUGAAGUAAAUGUUGAUCUAACAUGUACUGGAGGAAAUAAAAUACCUGGUCUCCUUAUCUUGCCAAAAGUGCAUUCAAGCGACUUAGACAUUUCAGUAGGUGACACAGUUGUGAGCAAUCCAAGUUUGGCCUUUAUUGGAAAGGUCGUAAGUUCUCGUACAUACAAUGGACAUGUAUUUAUAGAGCUGUUGGAAAUAUCCACCGACUCCGAUCUCCUGUAUAUUGACGUGAACGACUUAGUUCCUAUUUCGAGACGUAAAAGAUUUGCAAAAGAUCUAGUCUUGAGACCAGGGUUCAAAUUAAAAGAAUCAAUUACUCUCUCGGCUGGCCCAGUCACAUACACCGUUACUCCUAAGGUGAUUUUCUCGACUAAAUUUUCUUUCGGGUUUGCGGCAAGUUGGUAUCGGGGUCUUACACGUGUUGGAAUUGGAUUCGAUGGAAGGCUCACAGAGUCUGUUAAAGCUGUAUUGAAAUGGAACCAAUCGGGUAGUAAAAAAUGGUCGUACAACCUAGUUGAUGUAAGUGUACUAACGUUCCUGAUUCCAGUCAUCAAUAUACCGGCAUGUCUACAUUUUGUGGUUGAUUUCAAAGCAGGCAUAGGAUAUGAGAUUAAAGGGUCGCUUACUGGGGAAGUUGGAGCCUCUGCCAGUUUAUCAGCUGGGGCGGAAUGGAGGAAAUCGAAAGGAAUCCGAAUAAAAUUUCCAACGCUUAACUUCAAACCUAUCAUUAAAGCCAGUGCAUCAUUUCCCGAAUCCGGCCUUGCUAGUGCAUUUUCUAAUGCAGCUGUUAUUCCAAAAUUUGAAGCUCGUAUUCCAUCCUUCAUGAAAGAAUUAACGAAGCUAUUGCAGAAGCUGCCUUGGUGGCUGAAAAAGAUAUUAGGAAUCAAAUCCAGUGAUAAAAACGCACUUGGGAUAACACUUGACAUAAAAACGUCAAUUGAAGGCGAAGCAACUGCGGCACUUUGUGAUGGAGCGUGUGCAGAUCCUAAAGAACAGAUCAGAGUGGACAUGGAAGGCGGAAUACCUGGCAUAACAAGUGAUGCAAAAAUUAAGCUUUUCCGAUUUAUCGACAUAAAAAAAAUAUUUUUACUAUUGAGACUCCAGAUUGGUAUGGCACGAAAGGAUGGUGUCUUCCAUUUUUUCCUUGUUGUCUGUGUCCUGAUGGUUCACCUGGCAUAUUGGAUUUGAAAACAAAAGAGUGUUUAGGCUGCAAGUGUUGGUGUGACCCACCACAGAAUACAAUUGAAGGCACAUUGAAGAAAAAUGGAGAAUGCGAGUGUGAAAAAUGUCCAGAUGGCACGUUGAAGAACCCAAACAUUGUUCCAGAAUGCCCAUGUAAGUGUGAGAAUGGGACUACCAUGGAGAUGAAUG